AUGUCACAAGAAUACCAAGCCAUACUAUCUGAUGUACAAAAUAUACAAACACAGUUAAGAAUAUAUGACCAGCUGUUACAGAAUAUAUCUAAUUUACAUAAUGUAAUAUAUUCACAAAUUGAUGAAAACUCUGAAGUAAAUAAAGGCAAAUUAGAUAACUUAGCGGCAGAAAUUGCAAAAUUACAACAAGGAGUUGCAAAUAAAAUCAAACAACUGAGCACAAAAAUUAAAUUUCAUGACAAUGAACACUAUGUCCAUUAUAGUGCCAUAAGGGAUCAAUUUCUCUCUUUAAUUAGAAAACAGAGACUAAUAGAAUAUAACUGGAAAUUGUCCUGCAGAAAUGAAGUCAAGAGACAGAUUGAUUUAAUGAGCCUCGAUUUAUCAGACGCUCAGAUCGAUGAUUACUUAGCAGACCCAGAAAACGAAAUAUAUCAGAGCAUUUUUAAAAGAUAUUUGUUGAGCAAUGAAGAUGCAAAAAUGGCUCUGAAUGAAGUUGAGCACAGGAUGAAAGAAAUUAAGAAUCUUGAGAAGCGAAUGAAUGAUUUGGCAAUCUUAUUCAAAGAAAUGGAGGAGCUCGUUGUUCAACAAGAAGAGCCAAUAGACAAAAUAGACACCAAUGUUGAGAAAGUGGUAGUCGAUCUUGAAUCUGGUAUAACGCAUACUGAACAAGCAAUUCAUAUCGCGGAACAGAAGAGGAAAAACAAGAAACUGCUAAUAUCAAUUAUCUUUUACGUUUGUGCUAUACUGCUCCUGUCAAUCUUUGUUGCAGUAAUAGUCACAGUCAGUCUUCAUUGA